CGCGCGCCGCUCCCUCCGCCCCCGCCCCCGCCCGUCCGUGACGGCGGCACAAUGGCGGCGCCCGUGCCCCCGCCGCGGCCCGUCACCCACCUGCUCUUCGACAUGGACGGCCUCCUCCUGGAUACCGAGCGGCUCUAUUCAGUGGUGUUCCAAGAAAUAUGUGACCGCUACGGAAAGAAAUACAGCUGGGAUAUCAAGUCCCUGGUCAUGGGGAAAAAGGCGCUAGAGGCAGCGCAGAUCAUCAUAGACGUCCUGCAGCUCCCCAUGUCCAAAGAGGAGCUGGUGGAAGAGAGCCAGGCGAAGCUGAAGGAGGUGUUCCCCACCGCGGGUCUGAUGCCAGGUGUGGAGAAGCUGAUCCACCACCUGCGAGAGCAUGGCGUGCCCGUGGCCGUGGCCACCAGCUCCGGCUGCGCGUCCUUUGAGAUGAAGACCAGCCGACACAGGGAGUUCUUCAGCCUGUUUGACCACAUCGUUUUGGGUGAUGACCCCGAAGUGAAGAGUGGGAAACCGGACCCCGAUAUCUUCCUAGCCUGUGCGAAGAGAUUUUCUCCUCCGCCUCCCGUGGAGAAGUGCCUCGUGUUUGAAGACGCUCCCAACGGCGUGGAAGCGGCCCUUGCAGCUGGCAUGCAGGUGGUCAUGGUUCCGGAUCGGAACCUGCAGCGACACCUGACGUCCAAGGCCACCCUGGUGCUGGAUUCCCUGCAGGACUUCCAGCCCGAGCUGUUCGGUUUGCCGCCCUACGCGUGAGCGGCCCACCCUGCCUCUCGGCCGCACGGCGCCCACUCGGCUGAACCCCGGCACCCAGGAGAUCGCCACGUGACCGGUCCUUCCAGCCCGUGAACUCGACCUUCUAUCCCACGUGGCCUUGGCAUGGUGGACCCGCACUGACAAGCCAUGUCCCAGCUGAGAGACAGCACAGCAGACACAGCCCAGGACAGGGACCGAAACGCUCAUUUCCAUAAUCAUACACCCUGGGGGGUGACCGUACGGUGUCGUGGCCUCGCACUGGUCAUGUAAGAGUCCCCUACGGCCAGGACACACGCUUGCGUGACCGUGCUCGUGCGUGUGUGUGUACGUGUGCCUGCGUAUGUACACGUACUUACACGAAUCCACGUAUAUGUAAAAUACAUCCUUUUCCAAGACAAAACU